ACCAGAGGAAAUUACCGGUAUGACGAGAACAAAACCGGAACAAAUUAUCAAUCCGACGAUAGGAAAACCGGAACCGGUCAUCAGUACGAUAGUAGGCAAACUUAUCAAACUGAUGAUAAGAAAAUCAGAACAAAUCAUCAAUCACCGUUCAAUGAUAGACAAGCUAGGGCGAACCACCAAGGUGGUGUCAGGCAAACCAGAACAAACCAACAAUCCGACGAUAGGCGAAUCAGGACAAAUCAACCCGACGAUGGAACGAAUAAUCAAUCUGAUAAUAUGAGAUCUAAAUUAAACCAUCAAUCCGAUGACAGGCAAAAAAGGACAAAUCAAUUCGAUGACAGGCAAACAAGAAAAAAUCAAUUCGAUGACCGACAAGCAAAAACAAAUCAAUACGAUGACAGGCCAACCGGAGAAAACCAUCGGCCCCAUGAGAAGCAAACCGAAAAUCGAGCCAGAGAUUUAAACAAGUUAACAUUUGACAAAGUUGGUCCGUCUCAUACGGCUAGUCCAAGUAGUUACGCAAUUGCAGCAAGAAAUGCUGGUCUACCAGAAAGAUCAAGUAGCCUUCCCGAACUCCCUAACUCAAGUAAUAGUAAUAUUAAUUAUAAGAGAUCUUCUAUGAAUGAGACCAGAUCGCCACUAAUGGACGACCAGAGUGGCAAUGAUCAACCCAGGAGAAAUUCUACCAAUGAUAAACCUUUAGAAAAUACCGGCACAGAUGGUGAUAAUGGUAGGAGCAACUAA